UGGUAAAAGACCUAUAAGUUUAAGCCGCAUGACUGUAAUAUCAUAAAAUACCGAAUAUUUCAAUUGAAACUUAUGCAUCUAAUUCUUUUUAUGACUACAUCGUUCAGUAUACUUAUUUUUUAUUAAAAAUGUCGAUCGCGACUAAAGAUUUCUACGAAGAUAUAAGAUCAACUUUGAUGCUGUACAAAAUUAUGGGGCUAACGAGCCUCAAAAAUGUAUUUUAUGGUCGAAUAGACUUUCAAUGGGGAAUAAAUCUUAUAUGGCCAUUGAUAAUGUACGUAACGCCAUGCUAUUUGUUGAUGUUGAAAGCCAUAAGAAAUCCGACGGCCACCCUAUGGUUUUGGACGGUUAAUUUUAUAUUGAGGGAAUUUCUAAGCCAACUGACAUCCAUCUACGUCGACAUACGUUUGCCAAAAAUCAUUGAGAACACAAAUCGGUUCGACUCUAAAUAUGGUCGGCCCACGGAGCAAAGAACGGGUCCUCGUUACUACGUGAUUGCCUAUCUGGGAUGUACGUUGACGUUGCUUACAUGCGGUUGCAUUGAUAUUUUGCUUAACAAAAUGUCGGCAAAAGUGUUCUAUGAGUCGAUUUUGAGGUACAUGACUUCGAUAUUUCCACUGCUGUACUUGCUGUUCUGCGACGAGAUGUGCAUCCGUUUCCGGUCGUUGAGGACGCGGUGGCGCAUGGAGGUGGCCAAGGUGCUCGCGUCCAUGCCGCGGACUACGUGUCAAGUACUGGAGUCAGAGCGGCUGGCGCACGCUCAGCUCUGCGAUCUCGUCGAGGAGGUGCGCGUAGCGUUCGGACCCCGACUCACCACCUACCUGCUUUUCGUGUUCCUCGAACAUCUGGCCCGGUUCUACUUUGACACGUACGUGAUGCCCACUUACAGGUACAAGCACUCAGCGCUGGAGAACAAGGGCGUCAGUAUGCUGGAAUCAUUAAUGUUCCUGGGGCAUGCUUGGAUCGGUACAUACCUGGUCGCCUAUCUGUCAGAUACGCUCACCGAAUCUAGCAAAGAAAUAAUAACAGACUUAAGAAAUAUACCGAUAUGGAAAUUACCUCAAGACUGCUCUGAACAGGUUACUUUCUUCAUGUCUCAAGUACAAAAUUCCCAAACCGUUAUAACAGCUUCUGGUCUAUUCACGGUCAAUAAAACUAUUCUAUCAUCUAUAAUUAUAUCAUUGGCUACGUACAUUAUUGUACUCAUUCAAUUGGCGCCGGACUUAGGACGCGUAUUUAUCGAAUAAAUUAUAAAAUAUCAAUACCUAAUAAUAAUCAUAAGUUACGAAUACAUUUAGAAAUGUAAUUUUACUAAACAAUAACACACUCGCUUACUUCCCACGCACACGGUGGCAACUCAGCCGAUGCACUCUUUGGGGCACGCCCAUGAAAUAAUGAAAAAUAAAAACACGUCUCGAGGAAUUUUUCGUACACUUCAGGCAUUCAUUGCCCUUCAGAAAAUUCAUAUUAACAAUCACCAUCACAUAU